AAUUGGGAGCAGCCGCUGGGUAUAAAUAGAGCGGGGGGUCCCUGAAGCACGGGCUUAGCAGCGGCAGCAGCCUGGCUCCAGCUGCCGGAGUGCAAGCCGCCUCGCGCAGGGUCGCCUCGCCGCUGUGCCCUGGCUAACCCUGCGAUCAGUGAUUGCAAAGCCAGACUCCUCCUUGAACCGUGUCCAGGGGGUGCAGCCGCCUAGAUCUGCCCCCCCACACGCGCUCUCCCAGACUCUGGGCUCGUUCCAAAGGAUACAGUUUGAAAAUAAAUUGCAUUAUUAUUAUUAUUUUUUGCAACGUCCUUUCUGCCCUCCGCUUGCUUUUUUGUGGUCGAGAGACUUUUUUUUUCUUUUUUCUUUUUUAAAAUGCCCGCUGAUACCAUGGAGAAACCGACAGCCUCCCCGAUUGCUGGUGCCCCAGCUACCUCCAGCCACACGCCGGACAAGCCCAAGAGUGCCAGUGAACACAGAAAGUCCUCCAAGCCUAUCAUGGAGAAGCGGCGCCGUGCCAGGAUCAAUGAGAGCCUGGGGCAGCUGAAGACCCUCAUCCUGGAUGCCUUGAAGAAAGAUAGCUCCAGGCACUCCAAGCUGGAGAAAGCAGACAUCCUGGAGAUGACGGUGAAGCACCUGCGGAACCUGCAGCGAGCCCAGAUGACAGCAGCUCUGAGUGCCGACCCCUCGGUCCUUGGCAAAUACCGCGCUGGAUUUAACGAGUGCAUGAACGAGGUGACCCGGUUCCUCUCCACCUGCGAAGGGGUGAACACAGAGGUGCGCACCCGCCUGCUCAGCCACCUCUCCGCUUGCCUGGGCCAGAUCGUGGCUAUGAAUUACCCUCCACCGCCACCCCCAGCUGGCCAGCCUGCUCAUCUGGCGCAGCCUCUGCACGUCCAGCUUCCCCCAGCUGCCACCGCAGCUGGAGCAGUGCCUGUGCCCUGCAAACUGAACCCUGCCGAAGCCCUUUCUCCCAAGGUCUAUGGGGGUUUUCAGCUGGUCCCUGCGACCGACGGCCAGUUCGCUUUCCUCAUCCCUAACCCAGCUUUUGCUCCCAACAGCGGACCUGUCAUCCCCCUCUAUGCCAACACUAAUGGACCACUGUCUUCAGGCAGCGGGCCAGGGAACGGAGCUGCAACCCCGUCAGCAUCCCCAGUGCAGGGUCUGACGUCAUUUGGGGGUAGCAUAGCUCCAGCAUCCCAAGCUGGGAGUCCCAUUGGGGAACGCAGUGAAUCCGUCUGGAGACCUUGGUGACUUGUGUAAAGCCUUCCUCCCUCCCCCC